AUGUGCAGUGCGCGAGUUGGUGCUGCUUCCACGUGCACUGCCAUGUUACGAGUUAUAACCUUUUUUUUCAUAAGCCUGGAGGCGCAAAAGUGUUUAUCUCGCCUACUGGGUACGCGACCACCGGUGGUUGAGCGGGAUCUUGACGCUCUGGAGGAAAAAGUGCUCGCAGAAGUGGGGCUCUGCUUGCGUCGUGAAUACCAGGGCGCGUGCUCAAGCUCCCAUGCACCGCCUGCUGGGAGCGAUGAGCUGUCAUACGAGCGCAUUCGCUCCCUCCGAAAUUCAUGGCGACGAGGAACGAGCCCCCAACAGGCCAAUACCGAGGUGGUCACUGCACGGCGCGUCACGCUCGCGCGCUGGGAGCAGUCCGGCCCGACGGCAGCGACCCGGUGCGCAGCUGUUGCGAGCACCAGUACGGAACGGCUCGAGCGAAAACUCAAUUUCGAUGAUAUUCCCGUCGAACAGGCGGAAAGUGGAGCACUUCAAGCGAUAGAUCCCAUACUUCGGCGUUGUCCUUCGCUGAGCUCUGUCAGCUCUGAAGCGCUCCCUGAAUGGUCUUCUGAGAUGAGCGUUUCGAGACUGAAGGCGCCACUCAGCGUAGAUGAUUACUUGUCUCCUUUAACGGAUGUAGCCGAUAGUGAGUCAUUCGAGCGGACACCCAUGUCGAGCGUUUCAAGCGACACAUCCUCCCAAGUCCCCGAAAGCGGUAACCGGUCGCCAGCUGCGGCCUUGCCCUUUGUGCACGUGCUGGUGGCCGGCAACGAGCAGGACAUGUUUUCGGGGACAAAUCCUCAAUUGAGGCCUCUGCUGCUCAUUCAUGGACACUCCAUGUCUUCUGCUUACUUCCGACACGUUCUCGCGGAUUUCGCCGCUACCGGGCGCUAUGUCGUUUACGCCAUCGAUAUGCUCGGAUGGGGGCGCUCGUCUCGACCGCCAUACACGACAGGACGUGCCCCGAGGGACACCGCAGCGAGGGCCCAAGUAGCUGUCCAUUUUAUGAUUCGUGGCAUCUCUGAAUUUCUGUACAGUUCCGGCAUCGAAAGCUGGUGUCGCAAAAACGGGAAACGUAUCGACAUUGUUGCCCAUUCGCUCGGCGCCUACGUUGCCAGCCGCUACACCGUCGAAGCAUCGAAUGGGCUGGUCCAGAACCUCGUGCUCGUGACGCCCGCAGGCAUCUGGUCCAAGCAAAGCUACAAACGAGCGGUGUACUUCCAGCUCACGCCGCAAAUGAUCAUGCGAAACGCCGGAGUGCUUGGCUAUCUAGCAUUCCGGCUGCGAUGGCCCGGACGCGAUUUGGGAUUUCGCUCGCGGUACCUCCGCCGCUACACGUACGCUUUGGCAACACGUCGUGGCGGACAAAGUGCUGAUCUGGCGUUCGCAGCGCUCGUAACCGUAUCGCAUAAGAAACGCACAGCGCGUUGCGUGCACCCGCUGGCCUCAGAUGGUGAGACUACUGGCGGGUCUAUUCUCGAGCAACUCCCAUGUUGUGUGAAUGGCCGAAUCCGCAUCGUUGCUGGAGCCACGGACUCGCUGAUCAGCGUGCAUGAACUUGAGCGAGCAUAUCAAGUGAUGGACAAGGCAGCGCCUCGGGAGCAUCAGGUCAGUUUCCGGGUGAUUCCGGCAUGUGGCCAUGUACCGUUUCUGGAGCACCCUGAACAGUUCCUUGAAGCGUGCGGAUUAUGCGAUUCGUGA